GCCAUGGAGAGGCUGCAGUCACAAUGAGGCCUCCAGAUUCAUGCCAUCAAAGUGCUUCAUGAUGACUGGAUUUUCAUACCAUUUGUCCAAGGGCCCUAAUCAAUGGCAGCAGCAAGAAUGAAAGUAGACACAUUGGAAGCCAGAGAGUCACUGGGUGACUUCUGGAGGUAGCAACAAGUGCAUGAAGGAGGAUGAGUACUGCAUUCAGUGGCUUGCACUCCCCACCCAUCCUCUCAAGUCAGUUUUGUUCAGAAUAAUAAGGAUGUGGGGGAAUGUGAGAUGACCUGGCAAGGCUUCUGAAAACAGUGGUUAACUGUGGUAAACGUGUGCCUGCUAUUCCUCAGUUCUCCUCUGGGAUGGUGCUGUUAAAAGUCACCUGUUCUCACUUGCAGUAAGCUUGACGUGACAUUUAUUGAGCACUUACUAUGUGAUGGAAACUUUCAUAUAGAUUAUCUUGCCUUUUUGACCUAAGUAUAUUUUCAUUUUUUUUACUUACAUGUGAAGUUUACACAUUUUGUACAUUUCCAAAUUUAAUGAAAAAGGUAGCAUCUGUACAUGUUUGCUGGGCACAGUGGCUCAUGCCUGUAAUCCCAGCUCUUAGGGAGGGAGAGGCCGGAGGAUAGCUUGAGCCCAGGAGUUUGUGACCUGCCUGGGCAAUAUAGUGAGACCCCAUUCUCCACAAAAAAGGAAAAAAAAAAAAAAAGAUAAAGUCUAUACAUGUUUUAGCACAGGAUUUGGCUUUUUGGUUUAAGUUGUAAAACUGUAUAGGGCAGUGCUGGAUGGAACUGGAGGCUGUUAUUCCAAGUGAAGUAACUCAGGAAUGGAAAAUCAAAUAUCGUAUGUUCUUACUUGUAAGUGGGAACUUAGCUAUAAGGAUGCAAAAACAUACAGAGUGAUAUAAUGAACUGUCAGGACUAGGGGUAGGGGAGGUUAGGAGAGAGGUGAGGGAUAAAAGAGAACAUAUUGAUUGCAUUAAAAUCUCAGAAUUCAUUGCUAAGGAAUUCAUGUAUCAAAAAACUACCUAUACCCCCAAACUAUUGAAAUUAAAAAAAAAAAAACUAUAUAGGGCAGUGAAAACAUUCAGCCACUAGUCAGUCCUUAGGGUCUGGUUCUGAAUCUCAUCAUCAAUAGGCUUUGUGACUCAGGCAAGUUUCUAAACUUGUCUGAGGCUCUGUUGCUACUUCUGCGAAAUGAGGCGCUUAGACUAGACGAGCAAUCUUGACUUUUGAAGGGUGGCAACUACCUUGUAGAAUCCAGUGAAAACUCAGAACCUUCCUCCCUGAGGUGUUGAAAAGUCUCGUCUAGAGCUUUGGAAGACUGAAUGGACUAAACAUGAAGAGCUUGAAAGCGAAGUUCAGGAAGAGUGACACCAAUGAGUGGAACAAGAAUGAUGACCGGCUACUGCAGGCCGUGGAGAAUGGAGAUGCAGAGAAGGUGGCUUCACUGCUCGGCAAGAAGGGGGCCAGUGCCACUAAACACGACAGUGAGGGCAAGACCGCUUUCCAUCUUGCUGCUGCAAAAGGACACGUGGAAUGCCUCAGGGUCAUGGUUACACAUGGUGUGGAUGUGACAGCCCAAGAUACUACCGGACACAGCGCCUUACAUCUCGCAGCCAAGAACAGCCACCAUGAAUGCAUCAGGAAGCUCCUUCAGUCUAAAUGCCCAGCCGAAAGCGUUGACAGCUCUGGGAAAACAGCUUUACAUUAUGCAGCGGCUCAGGGCUGCCUUCAAGCUGUGCAGAUUCUCUGCGAACACAAGAGCCCCAUAAACCUCAAAGAUUUGGAUGGGAAUAUACCGCUGCUUCUUGCUGUACAAAAUGGUCACAGUGAGAUCUGUCACUUUCUCCUGGAUCAUGGAGCAGAUGUCAAUUCCAGGAACAAAAGCGGAAGAACUGCUCUCAUGCUGGCCUGCGAGAUUGGCAGCUCUAACGUCGUGGAAGCCUUAAUUAAAAAGGGUGCAGACCUAAACCUUGUAGAUUCUCUUGGACACAAUGCCUUACAUUAUUCCAAACUCUCAGAAAAUGCAGGAAUUCAAAGCCUUCUAUUAUCAAAAAUCUCUCAGGAUGCUGAUUUAAAGACCCCAACAAAACCAAAGCAGCAUGACCAAGUCUCUAAAAUAAGCUCAGAAAGAAGUGGAACUCCAAAAAAACGCAAAGCUCCACCACCUCCUAUCAGUCCUACCCAGUUGAGUGAUAUCUCCUCCCCAAGAUCAAUAACUUCGACACCACUAUCAGGAAAGGAAUCAGUAUUUUUUGCUGAACCACCCUUCAAGGCUGAGAUCAGUUCUAUACGAGAAAACAAAGACAGACUAAGUGACAGUACUACAGGUGCUGAUAGCUUAUUGGAUAUAAGUUCUGAAGCCGACCAACAAGAUCUUCUCGCCCUAUUGCAAGCCAAGGUUGCUUCCCUUACCUUACACAAUAAGGAGUUACAAGAUAAAUUACAGGCCAAAUCACCCAAGGAGGCGGAAGCAGACCUAAGCUUUGACUCAUACCAUUCCACCCAAACUGACUUGGGCCCAUCCCUGGGAAAACCUGGUGAAACCUCUCCCCCAGACUCCAAAUCAUCUCCAUCUGUCUUAAUACAUUCUUUAGGUAAAUCCACUACUGACAGUGAUGUCAGAAUUCAGCAACUGCAAGAGAUUUUGCAAGAUCUACAGAAGAGAUUAGAGAGCUCUGAAGCAGAGAGAAAACAGCUACAGGUUGAACUCCAGUCCCGAAGGGCAGAACUGGUAUGCUUAAACAACACUGAGAUUUCAGAGAACAGCUCUGACCUCAGCCAGAAACUUAAAGAAACUCAGAGCAAAUACGAGGAGGCUAUGAAAGAAGUCCUUAGUGUGCAGAAGCAGAUGAAACUCGGUCUUGUCUCACCUGAAAGCAUGGAUAAUUAUUCACAUUUCCAUGAGCUGAGGGUCACGGAAGAGGAAAUAAAUGUGCUAAAGCAGGAUCUGCAGAAUGCAUUAGAAGAAAGUGAAAGAAAUAAAGAGAAAGUGAGAGAGUUAGAGGAAAAACUGGUAGAGAGGGAGAAAGGUACAGUGAUUAAGCCACCUGUGGAAGAGUACGAGGAAAUGAAAAGUUCAUAUUGCUCUGUUAUUGAGAAUAUGAAUAAGGAGAAAGCAUUUUUGUUUGAGAAAUACCAAGAGGCCCAAGAAGAAAUCAUGAAAUUAAAAGACACACUAAAAAGUCAGAUGACACAGGAAGCCAGUGAUGAAGCUGAGGACAUGAAAGAAGCCAUGAAUAGGAUGAUAGAUGAACUCAAUAAACAGGUGAGCGAGCUGUCACAGCUGUACAAAGAAGCCCAGGCUGAACUAGAGGAUUACAGGAAAAGGAAAUCUCUAGAGGAUGUCACAGCUGAAUAUAUCCAUAAAGCAGAGCAUGAGAAACUGAUGCAAUUGACAAACGUGUCCAGGGCUAAAGCAGAAGAUGCACUGUCUGAAAUGAAGUCUCAGUAUUCAAAAGUGUUGAAUGAGUUGACCCAGCUCAAACAACUGGUUGAUGCACAGAAAGAGAACUCUGUCUCUAUCACAGAACAUUUGCAAGUGAUAACCACGCUGCGGACUGCAGCAAAAGAGAUGGAAGAAAAAAUAAGCAAUCUUAAGGAACACCUUGCAAGCAAGGAAGUGGAAGUAGCAAAGCUGGAGAAACAACUCUUAGAAGAGAAAGCUGCUAUGACUGAUGCAAUGGUACCUCGGUCUUCCUAUGAAAAGCUCCAGUCAUCCUUAGAGAGUGAAGUGAGUGUGUUGGCAUUGAAAUUAAAGGAAUCCGUGAAAGAGAAAGAGAAGGUCCAUUCAGAGGUUGUCCAGAUUAGAAGUGAGGUCUCACAGGUGAAAAGAGAAAAGGAAAAUAUUCAGACUCUCUUGAAAUCCAAAGAGCAAGAAGUAAAUGAACUUCUGCAAAAAUUCCAGCAAGCUCAGGAAGAACUUGCAGAAAUGAAAAGAUACUCUGAGAGCUCUUCAAAACUGGAGGAAGAUAAAGAUAAAAAGAUAAAUGAGAUGUCAAAGGAAGUCACCAAAUUGAAGGAGGCCCUGAACAGCCUCUCCCAGCUCUCCUACUCAACAAGCUCAUCCAAAAGGCAGAGUCAGCAGCUGGAGGCGCUGCAGCAGCAAGUCAAACAACUCCAGAACCAGCUGGCGGAAUGCAAGAAACAACACCAGGAGGUCAUAUCAGUUUACAGAAUGCAUCUUCUGUAUGCUGUGCAGGGCCAGAUGGAUGAAGAUGUCCAGAAAGUACUGAAGCAAAUCCUUACCAUGUGUAAAAACCAGUCUCAAAAGAAGUAAAGUGGAUUCCUUGGCAGGACACUGCCCCUUGUCAUCCGUCUUUGUGUUAGAUCCAGAGUUGUCGGCAGCCACUGCCAUUGUUCUCAUUCGUGGUAUGCACUGUGGCCUAGCAUAGCUUCUUCCCUUUCCAAAGGUUUCUGAGGACUUGUCCCAGGAGAAGACUGCCCACCUCAGAACUGCUUAGAGACUUCAAACCAGCAGAGGUGAAAGUCCCUGUCAUCCCUUCAGAUUCCAGAGCUGGGAUCAGCCAUGCCCAGAGGUCUGGUCCUGAUGCUGGCAGGCGGGCCCCCUCCUCCAUCCCUGACUGGCUGAGUGGCUUCAUCACCACCGAGUGAUGUGCUGAGGCCUCCUGCGGUGAAUGCUCCUUCCAUUCCUGUACUCGGGCAGUGCCAUUCAGCACAGGAGAGCUCUUUUUGCCUUUGGCUUUCAAUUCCAAAACAUGAUUUAAUUUCUAACUAAAUUAGUAUGGCACUAGUUAUGAAGUAUCUGCUUAAAACCCUUCAUCAUGAUAUCCUGUGGAUUUAAAAACUCUAAUUCCAUGUUUUCUUCCCAUCUGCCUUAUAUAUCUCAUCACCCUGCUUAUCAAUAUUCAGUUUGAUAAGCACUAUUAACUAAAAUAUGAAACUUAAAAACAAAAGCAAGUUGUCCUUAAAAGUUCUUUUUUUAAGUAAAUUGUUGACAUACUGCAAAUUUUCUAUGCAAACUUGCCUCCUGCUGUUAUCCGUGAAGCUCAGGAAAUCCAAACAUUUGUGUUUCAACAAGGGACAGUAAACUGUGUGUUUACAGCCAAAAGAAAUGCCUCAUAGUUCUUAACCUCAACUUUUGUAAAAGUAUUUUUUUCUCUGUAAUAUUUUUAUUGGCUCAUAAAGAUGUUUUCAUAUCUAAACUCCUAAAUAAGUGAAAUUACAGUAGAUUAUACUAACAAAAUACUUUUUAGGUAGCCAUGCUUGAGACUUUUUAAAAAUAUAACUUUUUCCUUAAAGUUUUCAGCUAUAGCAAAAGGUAGUUAUGUAUGCCAGACCUAAUAUGAGCUGCCACCAACACCCCUAGAACUUUCAGCCAUGGUGUCUUCAGAAUUGUAGCGCAUUUCUGAAUCUAGCAAAUCCUCCUUUUACCCGUUGAAUGUUUUUGAAUGCCCUGACUCUACCAGCGCCCAUAAAUGAUCUCUGGAAGGACUGUUAGUACCAAUCUGUUUUUCAACUUUGAAGCUAAAAACCCUGAUAUGGUAAUAUUAUGGUGCAUAGCAGAGGUCUCGGAAAAAAAUAUUUCUAUUCACUUUACUUUCAGGUUAAAAAUGUUUCUAACACACUUGCAGCUUCCCUUAUGGCAUUAAUCUUGUUGAGGGAGACAGAAUCCAGGACUCUGCAAAGUAUUUAACUGAAAGUAGGGCCUGCUCUGACAGGGCCCACGUCCCACAGGGCUGCCUGGCCUCAGUGGGUGCUUGGCUGUGCUGGAUGAUAUGUUGAUCUGUAUUGGAUAAGGACCAAUGACAGCAAAGCAAAAAUGGCUUUAAAGCUUGGUGUUACUUUUCUUAAGUUGUUUAAUUAUAGUUAAGCAAUUUCAAAAAUGCUCCAAAGAAAUGUGAAAGGACCUUUUGUCACAGCACUUCAGAAAAUACAAAACAGCCCCUUCUGCCCCCACACAGAAAUGCUGCAGAGUAUAUAAAACUUGAGACAUUUUUGUAGGAUGCCUGACGAGGUAUAGCCUUUUAUCUUGUUUCCGGAUGCAUAUUUAUUACAAGUACUCUGGUUAAAUAUUGAAAAGUUAUAUGCUGUAGUUUAGUAUUUUGUCUUUGUAAUUUACAGAAGUUAUUGGAGAAAAUAAAAUUGUUUCAUUUUGCA